UCCUCCUUUCGGCUGCAACAUAACAGGCAAACAGGUCCGCUAUCUUCCGUCGCAAACGGCGCUUUGGGAGCAAUGGCGGGAAUGUGAAUCAGUUCCUGUCGAUGUCGCUAUAUGUCGGAGAUGUUGACGAGAAUGUGACCGAUUCUCAGCUCUACGAUUUCUUUAACCUGCUGGGUCAAGUUGCGUCGGUUUGGGUCUACAGCAACACCUAUUAUGGUUGCUAGUAAUGGGAUGAGAAGAUGAGAUGAGUUUGGCUAGCCAGAAAAAAAGGCAGAACAGGCAUUGGAUGAACUGAAUUUUACUUCUCUACAUGGAAAGCCAAUCAGGAUAAUGUUUUUUAACCACAAUGCCAUGAUCCUUCCAUCUGCAAAAGUGUUGGUGAAAAUAUAUUUAUCAAGAUUCUGGAAAAGGCAAUAGAGACAAAGCUCUAUAUUACACAUUUUCCAUAUUCUGGAAUAUUUAAUCUUGUGAGACAGCUACUGAAUCUUCAGAUCAAGCAAAGGAUAUCAGUUUAUGCAAUUUGAUAAUGAAGAGUAAUAAAAAUGCAAUUGAUAAGCUGAAUGGUGUGCUACUGAAUAACAAGCAAGUUUCUGUUGGACCCUUCAUCCAUAAGCAGGAGGAAAGAGAGUCUGCUGUAGACAAGGCAGAAUUUAACAAUAUUUACAUGAAGAAUCUGUCAGAAUCUGUAACUGAUGAGGACUUGAAGAAAAUAUGUGGUGAAUAUGGAAGUAUUAUUAGUUCUGUAGUUAUAAGAGAUGGAGCAAGAGUCAAAAUGUGUUGGAUUUGUCAACUUUGAGAACCCAUGUGAUGCAGCCUGGUCUGUUGAGACUCUCAGUGGAAAGAAGUUUGAUGGCAAAUAAUGGUAUGUUGGGAAAGCACAGAAGAAAUUUGAAAGUGUGCUUGAAUUGAAAGAGCAGUUUGAGAGGUUGAGCAGAGUUUGAGACAGCUGAUAAAAAGGAAGGAUUGAAUUUAUAUGUUCAGAACCUAAAUGAUAGUACAGACGAUGAUAAGCUGAGUGAGUUGUUCUCCAAAUUUGGUCUAAUUACCUCAUGCAAUGUUUGACACCAUCCCAAUUCUUACAAGUAAUGUUUUUUAUAGGCAGUAUACAGCUCUUCAAUCUUCACCCUCUCUGUCACUUUUGAGUUUGAACAGGUUAUCUGUGAUCCUAUUGGCGUAAAUAAGGGCUCAGGAUUCAUUGCCUUCUCAACUUCUGAAGAAGAAUCUCAAGCAAUAAGAUGAAUUUCUUGUGUCCUCUAAAUAAGCUGAUGAUGGUUUUCUCUGUCAGUCUUAUUGCUCUGAGUUCCGUACUCUUGUUCAUUGUCGUAGCUCGCAGAGAUGAAUGGGAAAAUGGUUGUUAGCAAACCACUUUAUGUUGCACUUGCACAAAGGAAAGAAGAAAGAAGAGCUAGGUUGCUGGUGUUACUAUUAGUACGUGUAUCAUAUUCUGGAUCUAAUGGGUUGAAGCCUUUUAUUGGGACCCUGGAAAUAACAGUCAGCUUGCUGAGUUAUUUCCAUUAUGAUGACUAGGACUUUAAAUGGGGUGUAAUGGAUAUCAAGGACAAUCGUAACAUGUUUAUUGAAGGAGAUAGCAGUAUGUUAUUUGUAUAUUGAUUUAAUUUCAGUAUGGGAUUGAUUGUGAGUCUGAAAUUUUCCAACAUUGACAACAUGACUUCUACUUUUAAGCUUUAAUGUGUUUCUAAAGCAGGAAUUGUAUUGACCUAAAACAAUGCGCAUUUAUACCGUUGGAAACAUAUUUCUUGCAGCUGCUGGGGGGAACAUCUAUAUUUGCC